AAAAGAAAAUUAAUAUCUUCAAAGUACAAAACAAGAGAGAGGUGAAGCCACACAAUCUCUUUUUGCCUUCUCUCUCUGUUAUAUCUCAUCUGUUUAAUACUUUUAUUCGUCUUCUUCUUCUUCCUCUAUCGGUCCAUCGUCUCCUAUAAUCUCUUUCUCUGUCUUUCAGUAUUGACCAACGAAUUGGAAGAAAUAAUUCAUAUCUUUAUGCCAACUUUUUCUUAGGGUUUUAGAGCUAUCUCUGUUGUUUGGGUUAUGACACAAACUCUGGUUCUUUGGCUCUUUCUCAUGAUUUGGGAACUCAGGAUAUGAAAAAGUUUGCUUUUAGUUUUGUUUAUUGAUUCUUUUCAACUUUCUUGGAGAUGGGUUCAUCUAGAUCUUGAUGAAACCUCUUGUUUGUAUCCCGAAAGGUGUUUUCUUUUUUCUUCUCUUCUUUUUGGGUUUUUAAUUCUUGAGCGACAUGGCAAGUGAUCAGUUCCAUGGUCAUAACCAUCACCAACAACAUCAGCAUCAAAUGAUUAAUCAGAUCCAUGGGUUUGAUGAGAGAAGCAAUAAUCCAACCGAUCAUCAACAACAUCAUUAUAAUCAUCAGAUCUUUGGCUCAAACUCCAACAUGGGAAUGAUGAUAGACUUUUCUAGGCAUCAUCAGACUGAGAUCACAAGUGGAAUGGAUCAUCAUCACUAUCAUCACCAGACAAGUGGUAGUACUGUUCAGAAUCAGCUUUUAGAAGACUCUUCUUCCUCCAUGAGACUAUGCAAUGUUAAUAAUAAUUUCUCAAGUGAAGUAAAUGAUGAGAGACCAACACAAAGACCAAGCCAAGGUCUUUCUCUUUCUCUCUCCUCCUCAAAUCCUACAAGCAUCAGUCUCCAAUCCUUCGACCUCAGACACCAACAACAAGGGUAUUCGGGUAAAUCAACGGAUCAUCAGAAUCUCCCACACAGCCAGAUGAUGAUGUUGAUGAAUAGUCACCACCAAAACAACAGCAGCAAUCAUCAUCAGUUUCAGAUUGGGAGUUCCAAGUAUUUGAGCGCAGCUCAAGAGCUACUGAGUGAGUUUUGCAGUCUAGGAGUAAAGGAAAGUGAUGAUGAAGUGAUGAUGAAGCAUAAGAGGAAGCAGAAAGGCAAACAACAAGAAGAUUGGGACGCAAGUAACAACAACAAUGAUCAACACGACCAAUCUGCCACAACUUCUUCAAAGAAACAUGUUCCACCACUUCACUCUCUUGAGUUCAUGGAGCUUCAGAAAAGAAAAGCCAAAUUGCUCGCCAUGCUUGAAGAGCUUAAAAGAAGAUAUGGACAUUACCGAGAGCAAAUGAGACUGGCGACAGCAGCGUUUGAGGCGGCGGUUGGGGUAGGAGCGGCGGAGAUGUACACGGCGUUAGCGUCGAGGGCAAUGUCUAGGCAUUUCCGGUGUUUAAAAGACGGACUUGUGGGACAGAUUCAAGCAAUGAGUCAAGCUUUAGGAGAAAGAGAUGAGGAUAAUCGUGGGGUCUCAAUUGCGGCACGAGGGGAAACCCCACGGCUGAGGUUGCUUGAUCAAGCUCUAAGGCAACAGAAAUCGUAUCGACAAAUGAGUCUCGUGGAAGCUCAUCCUUGGCGUCCACAACGUGGUUUGCCUGAACGCGCGGUGACGGCGUUAAGAGCUUGGCUCUUUGAGCACUUUCUUCACCCAUAUCCAAGUGAUGUUGAUAAGCAUAUAUUGGCCCGACAGUCUGGUUUAUCAAGAAGUCAGGUAUCGAAUUGGUUCAUUAAUGCAAGAGUUAGGCUAUGGAAACCAAUGAUUGAAGAGAUGUAUUGCGAGGAAACAAGAGGAGAAGAAGAACAACAAAUGGAGAUUACAAACCCUAUGUUCAUGGAUACUAAACCGGAUCCAAACCAGAUAAUGCGAGUCGAACCGGAAUCUUUAUCUUCCGUAGUUACAAAAACUGGCCACAAAGACAACUCCAACCUAGGAACGGCUUCAUUUGGGUCAACGUUUGACUUUUCAUUAUACAGUAACCAAGCUGUCACGUACACUGGCGAAGGAGGGGCACGUGAGGUGUCGUUGACGCUUGGGUUACAAAACGGUGGUGUGAGUUUAGCGUUAUCUCCAGUGACGGCUCAAGGGGGGCCUCUUUACUACGGUAGAGACCACAUGGACGGAUCGGUGCAAUAUACAUCGUCGAUCUUGGAUGAUGAUCAAGCUCAGAAUCUGCCUUACAUGAAUUUGAUGGGAGCUCAAUCACUUCACGAUAUGGUUUGAAGAAAAUUGGAAUAAUUAAAAGGAAUCUUACACUGUUUUCAACCCGACUCGGUUAUGUAACGGUUUAGUUAGAUAAAAAACAAAAACUAGAUAUUUUAAAGAUACCGUUGUCUACUUGAAUUGGAAUGGGUGUAGACGAAGAUAUUAUUAUAUGAGUUUAGUUGGUUCGUCAA